GCCAUGCUGCUUUUUGCGGUCCAGGGAGCCACAGUUAGCCGGCGGUGGCUAACGUUAGCAUCCGGGGCCUUUAGCAGGCCGCUGGGGUUUGGGCGCGAGGACAGAAAUGCGUCGAUCCGGCGCUCUUCAAAAUAAGGCCACGGUGCUUUGUUUCAACUAGCUAGCGAACAGGACCCUGCAGAAUAACGUUCUCUGUUUAUGUAGUGCAAGUGUUUUCGCUUAUUUGAAUGUGGUGGAGCAAAAAAACAAAUACACCCCGCCUUAGGAGCAGUGAAGUGUCUUCAUGGCAGUUCGUCGAGGACACAUUAAGUACUUGAAAGCUGACCUGCAGGAGGUGUAUGAGAUGUCAAACGGAUAUGAAGACCACAUGGGAGGGGACGAGGGGAAGGACGCCAAGACCAACCUGAUAGUGAACUACCUGCCUCAGAGCAUGACGCAGGACGAGCUGCGGAGCCUCUUCUGCAGCAUCGGGGAGGUGGAGUCUGCCAAGCUGAUCCGUGACAAAGUAGCAGGCCACAGUUUAGGGUACGGAUUUGUUAACUAUCUUAACCCUAGUGAUGCAGACAGAGCUAUCAGUACACUGAAUGGACUAAGGCUACAGUCCAAAACUAUCAAGGUCUCGUAUGCUCGGCCCAGCUCUGACACAAUAAAAGAUGCCAACCUGUAUAUCAGUGGCUUGCCCAAGUCCAUGACCCAGAAGGAUGUGGAGGACAUGUUUUCACACUAUGGUCGCAUCAUUAAUUCCCGGGUACUUGUUGAUCAGGGUACAGGUACGACAGGCGUGUCGCGUGGGGUGGCUUUUAUCCGGUUUGACAAACGUGCCGAGGCAGAGGAUGCGGUCAAAAGCCUGAAUGGCCAAACGCCACCGGGAACCUCUGAGCCAAUCACUGUGAAGUUCGCUGCCAACCCAAACCAGGCAAAGAACACUCAACUGAUCUCUCAGCUCUACCACAACCAGUCCAGGCGUUUUGGUGGGCCCCUGCACCACCAGGCUCAGCGGUUCAGGUUCUCCCCGAUGGGUGUUGAUCACAUGAGUGGCAUGGGAGGAGUCAGUGUCCCUGGGAACUCCACCUCAGGUUGGUGCAUCUUUAUCUACAACCUGGGCCAGGAUGCUGACGAGAGCAUCCUGUGGCAAAUGUUUGGCCCCUUCGGCGCCGUCACCAAUGUCAAGGUGAUCCGAGACUUCAACACCAACAAGUGCAAGGGCUUCGGCUUCGUUACCAUGACGAAUUACGAGGAGGCGGCCAUGGCCAUCGCCAGUCUGAAUGGAUACAGGCUUGGAGACAGGAUGCUACAAGUGUCCUUUAAGACCAGCAAGGGCCACAAGUAGAGAGAGGUGGACAAUUAGGCGUAGAGGAUCGAGUAGAGUGACCUGCGUCAGGCUUUAUUAGCAGAGAGCAGAAGUAUGUUUUUGCAAAGUCUGGCACAUCGUUUUUGAUUUUUAACAUGUUCAGAGUUAUGCGAGACAUUCACUGUACUCACUGUAUGACUGUCUAGGCCUUUUGUUUUUUCUCUCCCAUCUUAAUACUCCUCCUUGCGGCUCAGUGACACUCGAUAGUUUUAAUUACUAGAGGGAACAGACACCUCCAAAAUAACAUUUGAGAGUGACCUACAAAACUACAAUACUGUUUGUGAUGCAUGUAUAACUGUGGGGACUAGAUAAGGAUACAGGCUGAAUCCAGUGUGUAAAGAAGCCCAGAAAAUUGCUCUGUCCUGGAUUUUCUUUGUAAGUAGAAAUAGAUGCCUUAAAUUUAUCAUCCAGUGAACACAGACAUACAGCUCCACUCACUCUCUUGAGAGAAAAGCACUUUUAACCAGUUUUAGGUUACUAUGGACAUCUUUUUCUAUGUUAAUCUAUUACGUUUUCUCACUUUCUGACCAGGUUAACAGUUUUAAACACAACAGGCUCUGUAGGGAAAAUCCCUGUGUGAAGUGUCUUUAUUAUUAGAAGUUGUAUUUCAGGAGGGUCCUGUUGAAAAUGACCCAUGGAUGAUGAGUAGGGAAUUGAGAUGGACCAAAGGCGCAGCGAGAGAUUGGAUCCUGAAACAGUUGUUUUUGAGCAGGUUCAAAAAGAAUUUACAGUUUUUGAAUAUUGUUUGCAGAGGUACUAAGAGUAUAUAUAUAUAUAUACAUAAUAUUAUAAGCUGCAUCAUUCAGGCUUAGUUUGCCAAUGUUUAGUUAUUUUUCUUUUCCUUUUCUAGGCAUAGAUGUGUAUUUGUUACAAACUUGUUUUAGCAACUGCUUAUCUCAAGUUUGUGAAGAAAUAAUGGCCUUUUGUUAUUGAUUUCAGUUUAAAUUUGCUUUCUUUUAUUUCUUUUGUUUUGGUUGUUUCACUUUGAGCAUAAACCAUUAAAUUUUCUUUUGUUUUGCUGA